CAUGACCCCAGCCAGUCACACAUACUCUCCCUGCAACCCCAGACAGCCAGGAGCAGCUAGAUGCUCAUGAGCAAAUAUUGAUGGUGCUGUACUUUACAAUGUGGAGAUCAGAGAGAGAGGGUGAAGGCUGGGACUAGACUGGACUUACACUGGGGAAAUCAACAGGAAAGAAUAAGGUGUGUCUUCGUUUCUUACAGGAUUGGACUGGAAAUAAUUGACUUCCAUCAUCUUUAUUCUGAGCUGAGGUCCAUCCAGAUUUGUGAAUGAAUGAGUGGGUGGGCCCCGAAGUAAAUGUGGUGGGACCACUACAGAUCCCACACAACGAUGGAUUCCCGUUGUCCGAGAACUCACACUUCUUUGAUAUUCUGGCAGAUCAAGGGAGCCCUCUGCUCCAGGACCAAGAGGUCUUAUCCUUCACCAACUAUCCCAGCAUGCAAUACCCCUCGGUGGAGCCCACCAUGUCCUCCCCUCCAUACUACUCCAAUCAGAAUUACUACCCCCAAUACAGCGUUGAGGAGUGGUACUCACCCACAGAAAUGUAUGAACUGAGGAAAGAACCCCUGGAGGGUAGCUACGAUGUUGAAAUGGAAGAGGCAUCCGCCAUAGUCCCUGCGGUGUGCAAGAGGACCAGGCACACUUCCCACGCAGGCAGGGUCAAAGGGGAGGAGCUGUGUGUGGUGUGUGGGGACAAGGCAUCUGGGUACCACUAUAACGCUCUCACCUGUGAGGGGUGUAAAGGCUUCUUCAGACGGAGCAUCACAAAGAACGCCGUGUACAAGUGCAAGAGUAAAGGGACCUGUGAGAUGGACAUGUACAUGCGCAGGAAGUGCCAGGAGUGUCGUCUCCGGAAGUGCAAGGAGAUGGGCAUGCUAGCAGAAUGUCUGCUGACAGAGAUCCAGUGUAAGUCUAAAAGGCUGAGGAAAAACACCAAGGCCUCACCAGGAGAGUCCACUUGGGACGAGACAGAGGGGGGAGACAACGGAGACAGCAAGCAGGUCACCUCCACCACCAAACUGUCAAAGGAGAAGAUUGAGCUCAGUCAAGAGCAGCAGGCUAUUUUGAGCUUCAUCGUAGGAGCUUACCAGAAACAUCGAAUCCCUCAAGACAUGGCCAAAAAACUGCUACAGGAGCAUUUCAAUGCAGAUGAGAACUUCCUCCUUUUGACAGAGAUGGCCACCAGUCAUGUUCAAGUGCUGGUGGAGUUUACCAAAAACAUUCCAGGUUUCUCUGCCCUGGACCAUGAGGAUCAGAUAGCUCUGUUAAAGGGCUCGGCAGUGGAGGCCAUGUUCCUGCGCUCAGCACAGGUGUUUACCAGGAAGCUACCCCAUGGACACACAGAGGUGCUGGAGGACAGGAUACGCAAGAGUGGAAUAUCAGAGGCGUUCAUUACACCCAUGUUCAACUUCUACAAAAGCAUCGGGGAACUCCAGAUGAUGCCGGAAGAACACGCCCUUCUUACCGCCAUUACCAUCCUGUCACCAGACCGGCCAUACCUGAAAGACCAGCAGGCAGUGGAGAGGCUGCAGGAGCCUAUGCUGGAGUUGCUGAGGAGGUUCUGUGCAAUGCAGCACCCGCUGGAGCCCCAGCACUUUGCCCGUCUCCUGGGACGUCUGACCGAACUGCGAACCCUCAAUCACCACCACGCCGAGAUGCUUACCUCUUGGCGCAUGAGCGACCACAAAUUCACCCCCCUCCUCUGUGAGAUCUGGGACGUACAGUGAAUGAUACAUAGAGGCUGCAUCGAUGGAUGGAUGAAUGGGGGAGAGGAGAGGACAACAAACAUUUCAACCUGACGCCUACCAUUUCAGAAGCUGCAACCAUUUCAAAAGCUGAACAUCGAAACCUUUCAGAAUUUAUGACUGCAAUGCAAUAAGACAUGACACCACUUUCAGAUGUUGGAAAUUGAUAUUGUGUAGGCUUUGCUCAGGUGUUCUGUGAGCCUUCGUGAUGGGCUACUUGAAUGUGACCCCCCGUUGCAGACCAAAGAAACUUGGAGACAUUAUUUAAAGAAAAGAUCUCCCAACGGGAUAAUGGACUUAUAUUGUCAAGUUUGCCAGAUUUUGUAGAAAGUAAUCUGAUAACACCCCUAGUAUUGGCAAAUCAUCUUCUGACUAAUACACUUGUAGUCAUGAUAUUGUUUGGACCCAGGCACAGGAGUUUGGACUGGAUCAGUUUGACAUACGAUCUCUCUUGUGGUUUAUAAAUAUACUGAACAAAAAUACACUGCUCAAAAAAAUAAAGGGAACACUUAAACAACACAAUGUAACUCCAAGUCAAUCACACUUCUGUGAAAUCAAACUGUCCACUUAGGAAGCAACACUGAUUGACAAUAAAUUUAACAUGCUGUUGUGCAAAUGCAAUAGACAACAGGUGGAAACGAGACGGAGUCUACAACCCACACAGGUGGCUCAGGUAGUGCAGCUCAUCCAGGAUGGCACAUCAAUGCGAGCUGUGGCAAGAAGGUUUGCUGUGUCUGUCAGCGUAAGGUCCAGAGCAUGGAGGCGCAACCAGGAGACAGGCCAGUAUAUCAGGAGACGUGGAGGAGGCCGUAGGAGGGCAACAACCCAGCAGCAGGACCGCUACCUCCACCUUUGUGCAAGGAGGAGCAGGAGGAGCACUGCCAGAGCCCUGCAAAAUGACCUCCAGCAGGCCACAAAUGUGCAUGUGUCUGCUCAAACGGUCAGAAACAGACUCCAUGAGGGUGGUAUGAGGGCCCUACGUCCACAGGUGGGGGUUGUGCUUACAGCCCAACACCGUGCAGGACAUUUGGCAUUUGCCAGAGAACACCAAGAUUGGAAAAUUCGCCACUGACGCCCUGUGCUCUUCACAGAUGAAAGCAGGUUCACACUGAGCACAUGUGACAGGCGUGACAGAGUAUGGAGACACCAUGGAGAACGUUCUGCUGCCUGCAACAUCCUCCAGCAUGACCGGUUUGGCGGUGGGUCAGUCAUGGUGCGGGGUGGCAUUUCUUUGGGGGGCCGCACAGCCCUCCAUGUGCUCGCCAGAGGUAGCCUGACUGCCAUUAUGUCCCGAGAUGAGAUCCUCAGACCCCUUGUGAGACCAUAUGCUGUUGCGGUUGGCCCUGGGUUCCUCCUAAUGCAAGACAAUGCUAGACCUCAUGUGGCUGGAGUGUGUCAGCAGUUCCUGCAAGAGGAAGGCAUUGACGCUAUGGACUGACCCGCCUGUUCCCCAGACCUGAAUCCAAUUGAGCACAUCUGGGACAUCAUGUCUCGCUCCAUCCACCAACCCCACGUUGCACCACAGACUGUCCAGGAGUUGGCGGAUGCUUUAGUCCAGGUCUGGGAGGAGAUCCCUCAGGAGACCAUCCGCCACCUCAUCAGGAGCAUGCCCAGGCGUUGUAGGGAGGUCAUACAGGCACGUGGAGGCCAAACACACUACUGAGCCUCAUUUUGACUUGUUUUAAGGAAAUUACAUCAAAGUUGGAUCAGCCUGUAGUGUGGUUUUCCACUUUAAUUUUUAGUGUGACUCCAAAUCCAGACCUCCAUGGGUUGAUAAAUUUGAUUUCCAUUGAUAAUUUUUGUGUGAUUUUGUUGUCAGCACAUUCAACUAUGUAAAGAAAAAAGUAUUUAAUAAGAAUAUUUCAUUCAUUCAGAUCUAGGAUGUGUUAUUUUAGUGUUCCCUUUAUUUUUUUGAGCAGUGUAUAAACGCAACAUGUAAAGUGUUGGUCCCAUGUUUCAUAAGCUGAAAUAAAAGAUCCCAGAAAUGUUC